GGCGGAGAUCGUCCGGCUGGCGCAGCGGCUGGGCAUGGGCGAGCGGACGCAGUCGGUGUCCCUCGGCCAGGGGCAGGGCGCGAAGGCGGAGGGCGCGAUCGCCCAGGGGCGCGAGCAGGGGCUGUGGGUGAUCCUGCAGAAUUGCCACCUCGCCCCCUCGUGGAUGCAGAAGCUCGAGGUGCUCGUGGAGGACCUGAAUCCGGAGAAGGACUCCGGCAGGCAGGUCUCCGACGCCUUCCGCCUGUGGCUCACGUCGAUGCCGUCGCCGCAGUUCCCGGUCAGCGUGCUGCAGAACGGGCUGAAGAUGACCAACGAGCCGCCGAAGGGCCUGAAGUCGAACUUGCUGCGGGCGUACCUUUCCUUCGACGACGACUGGUUCGAGGAGGCGUGCCUGAAAUCGGAGUUUUGCCAGCGGGCCUUCAGGAAGAUGCUCUUCGGCUUGUGCUUCUUCCACGCCCUCAUCCAGGAGCGCUGCAGCUACGGUGCGCUCGGGUGGAACAUCCCGUACCAGUUCUCGGAGCCGGACCGGCAGAUCUGCGUGAUGCAGCUGAAGAUGUUCCUCGAGGACGAGUACAAGUUCUCGCCCUCUGGCAAGUACUACGCGCCGCCCUUCGCCGACCUGGGGAGCUACGUCGACUACAUCCGCAGCCUGCCCAUCAACCACAUGCCGGAGGCGUUCGGCCUCCACGCGAACGCCAACCUCGUCGCCGCCAUCGGUGAGGCCAGGCGCGGCGGCGCGGCACUGGAGAGGACCAGGGGGGCCAAGGACGGUGAAGAGUUGGAGGCCGAGAUUCGGAUCAAGAUGAUCAAGCUGAGCGAGACAUUCGGUUAUACGGAGGACGCUGCCGUGUCGAUGGCCCGGAAUAUGAGGCAGAACGAGAACUGCGUGUGGAUUGCGGACGAUCCCCUCUGUGACACGCUAUUUGAGCGAUGUCGCGGCCUCUUACCGCCUGAGGUGCAGGGCGGAGAGGUGUGUGGUUUCAAUGCGCGGUGGCGUCUUUACAAGUAUGGGCCUUUGGACAGAUUCAAGCCGCACAUUGAUGGAAGUUGGCCAGGAAGUGGUUUGGAUGCGAGUGGCAAGCUUGUUCGGGACAGAUAUGGUGAUAGAUGGUCUCAGCUCACGAUCGUCUUCUAUCUCAACGACGACUUUGAAGGGGGAGAAACUCGCUUCUUCUAUCCCACAGGCGCGACACGUGGAGGAGCCGUGUGUUUUUAUCACGGUGAGCAUCCUCAAAGUCCUCUGCACGAGGGAGGGCUCGUGACUGCAGGGACGAAGUACAUCAUCCGCAGCGACGUGCUGUACAAGUUGCCUGGGUCUGGCCAGGAUUCUCUGCAAAGCGGCUGGCAGAGCCACUAUGCGCAGGUGCCGCCUGGAGACGCCGAGGACAUGCUGGCGGAGUCUUCCUGA